AUUUUAAUUUAUUGGGUUCAAUCAAAAUUAUAUCAAAAAAAUUAAUGUUUAUUAAAUAUAAAUUAAAGUUUAUUUUGUCCAUCAAAUUAAUUAAAAACUUUUGCCGAGAAAAGGGUAUUAAUAGUGAUUAUUUACUCGUUAUAGAAAAUAAAGAGACAAUACGAUUAUUUAAUGGGGUUAAAUAAAUGUGCUGAUAUUCAAUCUUACCGUUCUGUGGAUAUGCCUUAAUAUGUGUCAAUGUUGAAAUGUCAUUUUAUUUUGUCAACAACUUUUAAAAUGGUUAGAUUAAAAACAGAUUUUUCCUUAUUUUUGUACAUUAGAAAUAUUUAAAUAAACUAUCAACUAGAAAUAAAUGUAUUCUGAAAAGAUAAUUACUCAAUAAAACUGAAAAUGUUGAAAAUUAAAGCUCUUAAUAGAGAAUCAUUAUCUGAUGAAGAUACACCAGUUAUAAGAAGAGAAGCUCAGGAAGAAAUCGUUUUGGAAUUAUACAAUAAAGCUUUACAUCUUCAAUCAGAAGGUGUUUAUACCGAAGCAGAAUCAAUACUCAGUAAAUUAAUUGAUGAAAAUAUACCUUUAUUGGAAAACAAUGGAGGCCUACCCAAAUCUAUGUCGAAUUUGAAAUAUUCUUGUCAUAUCAAUAUGGGUAAUAUAUACUUAAAACUUGAUAGGGUUAAUGAUGCCCUUGAAAAGUAUUUGUUCGCAUCACAAUUGGAUGGGACUGAUGUUACUUUAUGGUAUAAGAUUGGUAAUUUAUCUUUAGCUCAAGACAAAUUUCGCCAGUCAGCUUAUGCUUUUGCAAAGGGUUUAGAAUGCAGUGAAACUCAUUGGCCAUGCUUAGACAAACUUAUAUCUGUUUUAUUUGCUAUAAAAGAUACGAUUGCAUGCUUAGAAUAUAUAGGGAAAGCUCUGAUGAAAGAUGCAGAUUAUGUUAGGGGCUUAGUUUUGAGAAAACAAAUAUAUAGAAAUAAUCCAGCAACGGAGGAAUACUACAAACUUUACAAUCCAGACAGCAUAUGGGAACCUCCAAUAGAUACUCCAGUUGAUGAUGAAGAUGAAAAAAGUUUCCUUGAAGAAGCACAGGUUUUAUGCGAUAGAGUAAUUGAAGUAGAAAAUUCGUUUGCUCCCAAACCUCUCCAUACUAUCCCUCUUCCAAAACCUUUAAAGGAAUUCACCUGGAUGUGUUUAACUGAAACUAUAAUUUAUAUUCAUCAGUAUUUAGCAGAUAAUGAAAUGAGCCAUUUUACGAUGAUUGAUAUGAAAAAAUGUAUGAGCACUACUGAAAAACCAUCAUUUUUUAAAUUUCAACAAACUGAUCAACUUAUUGAUUCCAAGAUUGUUGAGGACCAAGUAAAUGAAACAAAAAUAAUCCAAGAGAAUGUAGAUGUUAUUAAUACCGAUGAAAAAAUGGAAAUUAACCAAAUAACUGAAAGAAGAGUUUCACAGAACAGUGAAAUGAAUGUUAAUGAACCACAGGAAAAUACUCCAGUUCAAACUGAUAAUGAUGAAGAACAAAACAUGGACCAAGAAAAUGAAGAGCAAGAUGAAACAGUAGAACCGAAAGAAAGAGGUCGACCAAGAGGUUCUAAACGUAAACGUGACGUUAUUUCAGAUUUGCAAACAUGGGGAUGGUACAGUAGAAGAAAACUAUCGAAGAAAGCAAAAGAAAAAGAUUUUACAGUAGAAGAUGCGUUAGAACGAAUUAUACCCAAAGAUUUAUUACCUUACCGAAUAGAUUCCGAAAAAAUUAACAAUUUUGAAGAUUCCAUGAACACGAUGGAUCUCUAUCAUAUGUAUAUAGACAAUUACAAUGUAAAUACUUAUUUAUCUCCGAUUCAUUCUCCGAAAUCCGUAAAUUACGAACAAUAUUUCGGAACCGAUAAGGAAAAUGAUGAUGUUCAACAUUUUUGGACGAAAUCCCGCGAUUAUUACGAUGUAAUAGUAUUAUUGAAAGAUUUAGUAUUCAGUUUAUCCAAAUUGUGGCAUUAUAAAUGGCCUAAAGAGCUGGUACCUCUUUACGUUAAAGCUUACAAUAUGUUUCGGGAACAUUGUGAUCCUCCCCAAGUUUUUUGCGGCGGACAUACUUUCGGGGAAAUGCGUAAUGAUGCGUUGGCUUCCAUUUUGUUUGGAGAAUUAUCUCUGUUUAGCUGUGAUGAUAGAGAAUCGGUGCCUCCUACUUUACUUGGUUAUUUGAGACUUAUAAGUGGUUGGCAAGAUGAAUGGAAAGAAGAAUAUCCAUCGUUUUUCAUUAGAGUUUAUUGGUUGCAAUCUCAUUUAUUUCGGAAAGAGAACAACAACGAUUUAGCGAUUACGGCGCUCCAAUUGAUACAAGAAGUUAUUGAAGGAGAAGAAAAAAACAAAACAAGUGAAAAGUAUAUGUUGAGUUUACCAAAUUGUUUCAAAUAUGGUCUCGUAAAUACCGAAAUAGUCGAAAAGAUUUUCAAACAUUUAAAUAUGAUAAAUUCCUUAACCGCAGUCGAAAAUUUAUUUAAUGCUGAAAAAUAUUCGCAAGUCGCUGAAAUUCUAAAAGAAACUUUCAAUGGCGGUCCUUGUCCGCAAGUAGGUAGAAUGGGACGACCUGCACAAUUAGGUCUUUUGAUGCAUUCCCUUUGGUUUACUGACAUGGGACAAUGCUUUGUGUGGACCGAAGAAUGUUUAAAUGAAGCCUUUGAACAACAUUUGAAAUUCACCAAAGAUCAGGAAAAAUGGGAAAAAAUAGUGGAGAAAUGUUUAGCCAUACUAUAUGAAAUUAUCAAAAGGGAUACGGUUUGCGUCAUUGAUCUGUUAACAGAGGAUAAGAGAUCGAGAAUCGUUCAGACUUUAUCGAAAAUUGUUUCUAAGCAGAUGAGCGUAGAAGGUGGAAAUAUCAGUUACGGUUGUAUUACCCCUUGGAUUUUGCUACAUUAUGUGUUGCUCAGAGAAGAACAGAGAGCAUAUGCCAAAAAGAGAAUUAGCAGAGGUAAAAAAGAAAAAUCCGAUAUAAACGCCAAUCAAGAAGAAAAUACGGAUAAUAAUUUACCACCGUCCGUUGCUAUUUUAUUUUCGGCGCAUGAAUUUUUAGGUCCUAAAGGUUGGUGCAUGACAAAUCAAGGAGAAAUACUCCAUUUUAUUAUCGAUACAAUACUCGAUAAACUUGACGCACCGAUAUUCGAAAAGAUGAGAAAUAAAAUUGACAUACAUAUAGAACAGGCGAUGUUUUGUCUAUAUCAACAUCCUAGUAAAAAGAAUAAGGUAUCUCGACAUUUAGCAGAUCAUAAUGUAGAUCCUUUGCCAUUGUCUUGGGAACGUGCAACACAAUUAUUCGAAUUUUAUGGCCCGGAUCAACUACCCGAAUUCAACUCUUACAAAAAUGCGUCGAUUUCCGCCGAUCUCGAACAACUAUUUAAACGAAUAAUAGCGCUAGUACCACCUAAUAAUGCCGUUCAACAACACCUACCGAAAAUUAUGGAUUUCAUCCAUGGGAAAACUGAUAAAAUAUUAGAUCCAGUAGAUUUCCCUCGAAAAGUCAAACCCAUAUAUUUCCUAAUUGGAGAUUUUUAUUUUAAACAAAGAGAAUUUAAUAAAUGCAUAAAAUAUUUUCAAAUGGAUUUGUGUAUAAAUCCUUCACGUUUAGAUUCAUGGGCGUGUUUAGGAUUAAGUUAUGCAGCUCAGUUAGAUACAAAAUUGAAUCAUUGCGAAAAAUUUAAAAGCGAAAUGGAGUUUUUGGAUAAAGCAAAAUACGCUAGUAUUUGUUUUAAAAAAGCUUUGGAAAUAUGCCCCGAUCCGCUUAUGUUGUGGAUUGAAUGUGGCACUUUUCAAUAUACCGUCCACGCUUAUUGUUCGAGAGUUUUGAAAUAUGAAUCUGAAAAUUUGAGUAUGGAACGAUUCGAAUUUCUCGAAAGUCAAAAAAAUAGUUAUUUGGACAGUUCCGGUAGUAGUUUUGAGAAAGCAAUCGCCAUAUACGAAAUGGAAGAAACGAACGAGGCAGACGAAAGGUGGUUACAAUAUUACAUUCUCGGAAAAAUCGCCGAAAAGAAACAAAAAGAACCUACCGAGUACCUACAAUAUUAUCUUACAGCUGCUACAUUAUUAGAUGAAAAUAAAGCGGAAUAUCCCGAAAAAAUAAAUUACAGCAAUCCUCAACAUUUGUCGGUAGAAGCUUUAGAAUUGCAUUAUCGAAUAAAUGCAUCAGUAUUAAAAUAUUUGGAACUUCACGAAGGUAAAAAUAUUCCAAAUACUCUCGGAGCAUUUUUCAAAAAAUGUCUAGCGACGUCGAAAUAUUUAAGAAAACCUCCGCCGCCGCCACCGCCUCCAACUCUACCUGUAUCCGUACCAGAACAGGAACCGUGCGAACUACUGACUGUAUCAACUUCUUCUACUAGUUUUCAGGAACAAUUUUUAAAUUCGUUGGGUAAGUUAGGUGCAGCCCAAUCAGAAAAGAAAGACGAUGAGAAAAUUGAAAAAGAACAACCGGAUAAAGAGCUGGAAUCAAUAAAAAAUGUCGACAAGAAAAUUUCUGAAAAUUUCGAUAACAAAUUGGAGAUGGAUGAUAAAGAAAAAAUAGAUACAAAAAUGGAAACGGCCGAUGAAGACGACGUAAUAAUGAUAAUAUCGGAUUCGGAAGAAGAAGUCAAAGUAAAAGAAAAAAUAGAAUUAACAAAUAGAGAUGAAGCAGUAGAACAUGGAACUAUUGAAUAUAAAAAGAACGCAGAUGUAGAUAUUGAAAAAAUAAAACAGUCAAUUGAAUCGAACGAAAUAAAUAUAGUAGAUGAAAUCAAUAACGACAAAUAUAAUAUAAAAGAAGACGAUAUGAAAAAAGAUCCACCAUCGAAAACGUCAGAUAUUGUAGAUACGAAAUUCGGCGAAGUGAAAGAUGUUCAGAAGGUGUUGGAUGAAAUGAUGUUGCAAACGAUGAAAGAAACUGAAGAAAACGGCAACGAAAUGGAUUCGGACGUGAGCGGUACGGAAAAGGUAGAAGAAGUCACAUUGAAAGAGGAAGAGGAUAACGAUGUGGAAAUCGUGGAGAUUAAAAACGAAUCGACGGAAAAUGUAAUAGAAUGUUCAAAAAAUCGAGCGGAACCGAUAGAAGUAAAGUUAGAUAUAGAUAAUAAAGCGAAAAAAAAUAAUGUCGUCGUCGACGGUGAUACUGACAAUAGAAGAAUUUCUUUGGUAGAUUCGAGCAGUGGUUCCAGUUCUUCAUCCAGUUCAAGUGAUAGCUCUGAAUCUGACACUGACGAUGAUGACGAUGACAGCAGUUCUAGUUCCUCUUCAUCUUCAUCUGAUGGCUCAAAUGAAUUUAUGUCCAACAGUGAAAUAUCUCAUUUGAUAGAUAAAUGUGUUUGUGGUUUAGAAACAUGCAUAAUUCGUCUGACUCAAAAUUAUAAAGCCCUCUAUCGUCUGGCGCACCUUUAUUUUUACUACAAAGCAAAAAAAGAUGUGAACAAAUGCAAACAGUUGUUAUUAAGCGAUUACAAAUGUAAAGAUGGUACCGUUGUUAAUGGACUUUUCAAUGACAGGAAACCCAAUAAUUUUUUUAACGGUAUUUGGAGGAUCCCAUCUACUGAAAUAGAUAGACCUGGUUCGCUUUCAGCUCAUAUGAGUCGAUGCCUCUCUUUGUUAAUGCAAAUAUUACGUAACACCAACGACAACAAAACUCUCAUAGAUUUAUGUGUACAGUUGAGAAGAAUUCCCGAGCCAGAUAAAAUUUACAUAAAGGAUACGGAAAGAAUGGCCUUUUCGGAACAAGCGAUGACCAUGUGUAUCCAGAGCUUGAGGAGUCAAAUUAAAUACGUGUCAGACAUGACCAAUCCACAAAUCGCUAAACUCUUACAAGAAAUUUUCAAGAUACAUCAAAGAUUAUCGAAACAUGCACCUUCUAAAGAAAUUCCAUUUGCUAAUCUCUUAGUGGAAGUAUAUAAGAAGUUUAUAAAGGAAAAGAUACCAGAAAAUGUAAAUGUAUUAGAUUUGGCCAUUAAAUUCUGUUCACAAAAUAAAUCUGCUGAAAAACAUAGAUUGCAGAACGUUUCUUCAAAAUCACCCAUGUUCGUUCCAAGAGGACCUGCGGUUUCUUCGAAUGCUCCCGUUAUGCCUUCUCCACAAACUGUGACUCUUCCACAAAGUACUCCGUUAAAGAGACCUGGUGUUAGUAGACCUCGAGGACGACCUCCUCUACAGAAAACACCCGGCCAACCACGAUAUCAAAGAUCGAAAAGUGUUAGUUCUGCUGGCUUAAAUAAAACGUACGCUUGGCAAAAGUCGCUGAUUGAUCAAAGUUACGCUUACGAAUAUUUGAAACAUUAUCAGGACGAAUUGAUCAAACAGUACAGUCAGAAUUUGAGUAUUAGUCAACUGACGCAAUUGAGUCAUAUAUUAACGCAAGGUCAAAUAAACAAUCCGCUCACUGCUAAUGCCAUAACAAGUCAAAUGUUGGCACAAACAGGACUUCUCAAUUCGAAUCUACUCAAACAGAUAAAUUCGGUUGGGAAUGUUAAUACACCGAGUACGUCAAUGCAACUGAUGGAUACGUUGAAUCAGUUAAAUCCUAACAUGAAGAAGAAGUUGGGCGUCGAUCACGCACUGUCCAGCUUAACUUCAGAUCAAUUGAAAGUAUUGGGAACUAUGGUUCCUCAGCAAUCUGGAGCGCAACAUAAACAAUCUACUUCCAGUAUCGCGAGUAGUAGCAAAUCAAUCAAGCAGUCAUCUUCUCCAAGAACUAAUCUACCCAUCACCUCUAAACAAUCCACUAUGGUGGAUCCUUCGAAAAUUAAACAGACGAGCAUUAAUCAAUCUUCGCCUACCAAAAGUAUAUCCAAUCAGCAAAUAUUCAAGGAACCAGUAAUAAAUGCUGCGGCACAUUCUCCGGAAGAAAAAACUGCUAAAGAUUUAAUGAAAGAUCGUCCCAACAUUUCAAUAAUACCCGUCGCAGUACCUCUACCGCCUCCAAGUAUAUCACCAAGUUUCAUGAGGCAAAACUCGACAAGUCCUUCAAGUGGCGGUAAGACUUUGCAAGAAAAAUUAGCGGAAAAGAAGAAAGAACAACAAACUAAACAAUUGAAAUCGAAUGGCGAAGGAGGUAAACGUCAAACAGAGGCUUUAAUGAAGAGCUUAAAUAUCCCCAGUCUUCCGUCAUCUUUAACUGUAUCUCCAGCUCAAUCUUCAACUUCACCUUCUCUCUUGAAACAACAAGAAACUGCUCAAGGAACAGUAUUUAAUUUUUCGAAAACUCCGCCAUUGGUAAACGCCAAAUUUCCACUUGAUAUCAGCAUGCAACAAUCAGGUCCAUUAAAAUCAAUCAAAGAACCAUCUUUACCUACCUCUUUAAUUCUAUCGAGAACUCCAACACCCCUAGGCACCCCAUCGUUUUCAUCGGAUUCCGGGGUAUCUAUUAGUCAGGUUCAUCAAACGAAUCAACAAAAAGUUAACGAAGAAAAACAAUCACCGGUUUCUAAUGAAGAAGAGAAGACCGUAUUUUCACCAUUAAAUAGUUAUGAAGAAAUCAAACCGAAAAAUAUCAAGUCUGAUAGUUCUGUUAACUAUAGAGAAAGUACAAAACAUAUGAGAAGAGAAGAAGAACAUCAUGUUAGCAUCCCAAAAUUAACAUUAAAUUCCUCUAUCGAUAUAUCUCCUAUAAAAACGGUAGAUAAAGUGAAAUAUAUGAGAAAAUCAUCAAAAGGGUCCAAGUAUAAACAAGAACUAUUUAAAGAUAUUCACAAAACUAAACACAAAGAUUCAUCUCAGCAAAGUAAUUCAAAAAAACUUGAAGAAUCAUUAAAAUCGUAUCAAUCCGGUAAACACGGAAAUGUUUCUAUAACAAAAUCUAUUUCACAUUCUCAACCUGAUAUAUCAUUUCAUCCUACAAAUGCCAAUUCCGAAAAGACACAUUCGUCAUACGGUAAAAAGUAUUCAAAAAAAUCGGAAGAAAAUGCUAAAUCAAAUUCUUUUAAAAAACUACCUACAUCCGAUAACGCUAAAAGAGUCGAAAUAUCUCAAAUUCAAAGUUAUUCGAAAUCCGAAUCUUCCAAAAGAUUGGAGAAUCUUUCAAGAGCCGGUGUAACUAUAAUGAAAACAGAGCCCUCAAAAUUUUCGGAAACUUUAUUGAAAUCCACAUCAAAAGAGCAACGUACAAAAUCAAUCGAUAGUUUACCCGACAUUAAUAAGACAUUGGAAAUUCUAUCAAAAUCGGGAGUGCACUUGAAAACAUUACCCUUCAAUAAACCAAAAUCCGCGGAUAAUCGCCUAUUAGACAAACAUACUAAAUUCUCAGAUUCUAAUAAAAAGGGGGAAAUUAGUACAUCCGUUCCUAAUUUUUCGAAAGUAGAAUCUAAAAAUAAAACACUAAAGAAUGUACCUUGCUUAGAAUCGAAAAUACGAGAAAAUCCUUCUCCGAAAGCAUUUUUCAAGAUAUCCGAAUCAGAUAAUGACGAUGAUGUCAUUUGUAUAGAUUAAGGUAUUAUUUUUGCAAUCGUCAUUUAAUGUAGGAAAAGUUUUUUAAAUACUAUAAGCAGUAUAGGAAACACUCCUUUAUAAUGCAUUGUGAAAAGCGUGUUUCAUAUACAGUUUUACCAUUCAUUUCAAAGUAUUAGUAAUGAAUAUGUUUUUAUUUAAGUAAAACCUGCGUUUUAUUUUUACUGUU